GCGACCAACACAAGGCGAACAGCGACUCUCCGCUCUCCGCUCGCCACUCUCCUGCUCUCCGCUCUUCGGUCCCCCCAAACGCGACUUUCUUCAUCCAAUUUGACUGAGUUCAUCCCUCGUGACCAGCUCACUUCAGAGAACAACUCGUCACAUCCUCGCAUCCUCGUACAUCCUCGUACAUCCUCGUCCAUCCUUGCCCGGCUCCGCAACGCUCUGCUCAUCAUAGCGUCGCGCCGUAUCGCUCGAAUCGUAUCGUAUCGUAUCGUGUCGUGCUAUAUUGGCUUGUGCUGCUGACCAGCGUGCUGGACAAGGCAACCCAACUCUGCAUCAUCGACUCACUCGUGCUGUGCUGAUCACCUACUUGGAAAAGGUUAUCCAGGCCCACGCACCAUGUCUGUCUUUCAAGCCCGGCUGGUGACGCCGCUGGCACGGACCCAGCUGCCGCAGGCGUUUGUUGAUGAAGCUACCGGCAUUGUGCCGCUGAAGGAUGCUGCUAUCGGAGCUGUACUUGAAGUGCUCGACUCGGGCGCGAUGCCGCUGCCGGGCUGGUGGCGGGUCCGCAAUCCGGUGACGGGCUCGGUCGGUCUGGUCCUGUACUCCAACUGUGCUCUGCUGCACAUUCCGCUCUCUGUAAUUUCGCGCGAGCCGUCGCCACAGGGCCGGUCCGACUCUGCGCCGCCAUCUGCAGGUAUUUCGCCGAGCCAUAAGCUCGGCCUCCCCUCGACUGGUGGCUCGCUGCUGGAGCUGUCGCCGACAAGCGGGCGCGACGUAGCGGCGCGCAAUGCGGUGUCGGUCAUGAUGCAGUCUGCGCCGCUGCUGCCGCCGCCGCCUGCGCCGCGGUCGCGGGCAAACCACGCGCGGGCGAACCAUGCGCGGUCGAUCUCGGCCAAUCCGUCGAUAGUCGGCAUUGGGGUGCCGCGGGCGGUGGUGCGCCAGACCUCGUUGGUGAGCUUGAUCGAGUUUGACUCGGGAGCGCUUGAGCGUGAGGGCUCGCAGUCGGACUGCGGGCCGCGCGGCAGCGAACUCUCUGACGCUUCGGACGUCGGCGACGGGUACGACGAUGACGAUGACGACGGGCUGGCAAGCAGCGACCAUGCGCGGCACCGGCAGGUGUUCUCCCAGGACGAGGCAACGCUUGACCGAGCGCUGGGCGACCUGCGAAUCGAAGACAACGAAAGUGGCAGUGGCCUGCGGAGCAUGCGGCGGUCGGUCUCGUCGACCUCUGUCCUCAUGCACCGCCCACCCGAGCCAGCGACUUCGGGCUACCCACGGUUUCGGGCCAAGGAGCUCAUCGGCGGCCCGCCGUCUGCCUCUGUCGACAACUCCGACGAGAUGACCGAACUCCGCGACGUCUACAUCGAGGUCGGCCGUAAGAGCCUCAAGGUUUAUGUCAAGGGCGCGCUCUCGUUUGUGCCCGACCAGGAGAUCAUGGUCUACUCGCACAAGUACGGCCACAUCGACCAGUUCCACGUCCUGGAGCAGCGGCAGCGGUUCCAGUACUCGAUAGGCAGCGACGCCAGUGCCGUCGCCGCGCUUCCGAUCACUCACUCGGCAUCGUGGGCGCUCGGCGGCAGCGAGGCCGGAGGCGAGACCGGUACCGACAAACAAGUGCCGUCGCCGACUGCGGCCGCAGCUCGGGAGGUCUUUGUCUUCUCCACCCCUCAAGCCGUCGAGCUCCACAACGCGAUCCUCGACCAAAUCGCCAAGCUCAUGAACCGGAUCAAGUAGCGCGCGACUCUGUUCUAAAAGGGUGUGCAUUCUUUACAGCCGCUCGCUCACGCGCGGGCGUAGACGACAACCUCGGUCACGCCCGAGAGGUUGUACUCGGUGGUGGUAAAGGCCGGAUCGUUGA